UGUGCACAAGUUUAAAGUAAAAGAGGAGGAGACUGAAAACUAAAUACGUAUCAAUGUCACAACGUAACUCUACAUAAAUAGCUCUGCAGUUUUAAUUCGGUUUUAAUUCGGAUCUGUCCUAUUAAAACUUUUACAGCACGUAGUUUUUUUUUUAAAAAUAGUUUAAAGUACUAUGGUGUUUAAAUGUAAAAGUAUAAAUAUAUCUUUACGUGUUUAAAACUGUUUAAUUAAUUUAUGAUACGAAUCUAUUGUGAAAGGACGCAAUAAUCCUUAAUAUUUUCAACUGGUGGUUUUUAUACGUAUUGCCAGAGGGAUUAUACAAUCAGAAGAGGUUUGUUGGAAGCUUUAAAGUUGUGCAAUUUUAACAAAAAAUUGAAAAGUUUAUAUAUUUCAUGUCUUAUUCGGCGAGAAAAAGUUCGUACGUAUUUGAGUACAGAAUAGCGUUCAUGGGUGAAGAUGGCGUUGGAAAAUCUGCUUUAAUAAACCAAAUAGUUGAAAAAAAAUUUAUUGAAAAGUAUAAUCCGACAGUUUCAAAUCACCUUACGCACGUUGUUGAGUUUGAAGGUCAUCUUUGCGUGUGUUUGUUAGUUGAUACUGCUGGUGUGGCUGACUUUCCGGCUAUGAGAAAGUUAGCCAUAUCAAAAGGAAACGCAUUUGUAGUUGUAUAUGCUGUGGAUAACCGAAAAUCAUUUGAAACGGCAAAAAAUUUAAUACGAGAAAUAAAACUUCUAAAAGGUACAGCGAAAGAAACUCGCGUUGUACUUGUAGGAAACAAAAAGGAUUUACCUCGUACUGUCACUUAUAAAGAAGGUUUAGAUUAUUCAAAAAUGAUUCAAGAAGACAACUGCGUGAGUACAUUUAUUGAAGCAAGCGCAAAAGAACGAGAAAGUUCAACAGAAAUAUUGUAUAAAAUAUUAAAUAUGUUUUUGCCUCCCAUUAAACGAGUAGAAGAAUACAAUAAUCUAAAGAAAAAGCCUUCAUUAUAUUCGUCGACAUUAAGCAACCGACGAUCUUCCAAGUCACUAAUAAGACGUAAACAAAGUUGCGGUUCAAAAAAUGAAACGACUCAAAAAGAUAGGGUAAUUGGUGAUAUAGAAGGUAGUGUUUUUGAAACAAAAUCUUCACCAACCGGAAGAUUUAGAAGUCGUUCAAAAAGCCACCCUAUUAUUUCGGUUAAAGGUAUAUUAGAAACAUUAUCUCCAAAGACUUCUAGAAGAAAGUUUUCAGCCAAUGCUACGCUAUUUUCAGCAAAUACCAGAAGAGUAUCUUUACCGCAAAAUAAUUUUUCACCAAAAACAAACCGUCCUGUGUACUUUACACAUUCGACAAGCCUAAACAGUUCCAGUUUAGAAUUUUCAAAUAGUUUAACCUCGAUGAGUAGCCAUGACAGCGGUCUUGGUGACACAAUACGCCACGACAGUGGUCUUAGUGAUGUUUCAAAUAAAAAGACUUUGAGUGAAAUUCAUAUCAGACUUACAAAAUCACUUUCAGAACCCCCUCGUUCGGAAAGAAGGACGAUGAAACAAAUAAUAACAGGGAUUUUUAAAUCUAAAAAAACAACUACAAACUUUUCUGCAGGCGUGAAACCUUGAUUUAUUAUAAGUUAUUUAUAAUAAUUUAUUUAUAAGAUUAGCCUAUUAGAAGAACUUAGUUGGACAAAUAAAACAAAUCUUUAAGUUUUUGCUGUAUAUAUAUAUAUAUAUAUAUAUAUAUAUAUAUAUUAAAUUAUUAAGAAAAAUAUAAAAAUUUAUCCGUUAGCAGAGUUGUAAAUAAAUUGCUUUUGUUUAAA